GCUGCUAUUCAUUUGCCACUGUACUCUAUUUACCGCUGCUGCUACUGUUGCGCCCCUUUUUCUUGGUCUCGCAAUGUGGCGCAAGAGCACCACCAGCAAGCCCAGCACGGACAACGAUCGCGUGAGCGGGGGCGAUCCUGCAGCUGCAACCGCAACCGCAUCUGCACGUGUCACCGGCACCACGCGCAAGUGGCCGCUGCGCUCGCUCUUCCCCUCCGCCAGCCAGCCAUCGCAGACGACCCUUUCGCGGCAGUACCAGCUGCACAAGAAGAUGGAUACGGUAGAGUGCGAUGAUGAUGACGAUGAGGACUGGGACGCAGUGGAGCCCACCCGUGCCGCAGCUGUCAAGAACCCCUCAUCUACUGGUGGUGCAACUGCUGUGGCCGUCAUCCAGCCCUCCACGCUGCACACCAGCGGUGGCGAUGAUCCAUCGGACGACCUUUCUGCCUCCGUCUCUUUCGCAGCUGCGCAGGUAGUGGCGCAACUGCCUGGCAUGAACCACGUCCGUCAGCGGCACGGCGGUCCCGCACCCGUCGGCCUCCGCGGGUCCUUCAACGGUCUCAGUGCGCCGGUAGUGACCGCGGAUGCUAACGACGCAGAGGAGGAAGACUGGGGUGCGCCCGUCAAGCCUACUACAUCAGCCCUGCCCGCAGCCCCCGUGGCCGCAGCACCCAUCGCCGCCGUCACGUCCGAGGCUGCUGAUGCUCUCCUCAUUCCUCCUCGCUCGACGACGACGACGACACGCACCGAAGAGGAAGAUGACAGCAUUUUUGUGUCGGACGACGCGGCCGUCGUGCAUCACCGCCGCUUCCCAGCUCCGGCGCACACGAGUCUUUUCGACAUGGCGGUUCUGCCUUCCCCGGCCACGUCGUCUCCGCUGCUCCCUCUCAACAUUGCCAAACCCCAUGAAGGGGUAGCCCCGGCAAGUCCUCCUGCUCCAUCGUCCACCGCUGCCGCCUCCGUCGCAUCGUACGCACCAGCACCGGCUGCUUUUCAUAGCGGCAUUCGUGGCCUGCGCACCUCGCGCGACGGUGGCGGCGGCGGCGCCGUCGGUGAAGCCGCCACGCUCGAUCGCGGAAAGAAAAAGAAGAAGGGCCUCCGGGCUGUCGCGAUCCUUCCCUUCUCGUCUCCCAAUACCCCCGCAGCUACACCAGCAGUUGUCGUAUCGGGCAGUAGUAGAGCCGAGAAAACCAACGAACAGCAACCGCAGGAGCACAGCGGGGGUGCAGACUUAUUAUCUCAACGAAGAACCCAAGAGGCGGAGCGGCAGCGUCUGGUGGCCGAGGAGGCGGAGCGGAAGCGUCUGGUGGCCGAGGAGACGGAGCGGCAGCGUCUGGUGGCCGAGGAGGCGGAGCGUGCACAGGUGAGAAGUGACGGUGUAGAAGCGGCGCGCAUCGUCUUGGAAGCUCUGUAUGAUCCUUCAUGCGAACAUGAAGUGCGAUACGCCCGUCUCAUCCCUUUAACGCAGAAGCUGUCGAAUGCUGAGCAACUCCUCUUCGGUGGCGACGCGGUGGCCGUGGAUGGCGACGCCAACCCAUUCACCUGCUACCGUGAACUGCUGAGAUGUCUGCUGGACAGCGCGACGCUGAGCACCACCGGUAGCACCGACUCGACCGUCAUUGAGCCCCUGAGAUUGGAGAGGGCCGUUGGUUCAACGUGUGAGACGUGGUCAAGCGUCUCCGCGGGCUUGCCCUCUGCGUGGAAAUGCGCCUGGGGGUCCGCCGUCCAACAGCUUACCUCUCUUGCGGCCCCGAAGGAGGAGGCGGGUGAUCGCGGGCCAGAGGAAAAUCCCUCUUGGAUCCCCGCUCAGCGGAUUGCCGCGGCGCUCACCGCCCACCUCACGCGGUGUUCCCGACAGGUUGCGGUACAGGGAAGCUGUUCCUUUUCCCUCGUCGACGUUCACGCGUGUGUGAUGGUCGCCUUGCGGGAGGCGUUGUCAUUGCGACGUGCGUGCUCACCUGUGCAACUGGUGGGGGCGGCAGGUGAGCCCGCGUCGUGGGUGCAGCCGCUCCUGGGGUGUGUCGCUCAGGCAGCUCUCCUCAGUGAUGGAAAAAUAAAAUCGCGCGCCAUUGUCCCCACUAGCCCGUGCAGAAGCGGUCAGGACGGCGAGCGUGCUGGAGACGCGGUACGGCGUGUUCAGCGGCAGUUGCGGGAAGGCUCGUGGGUUUUGUGGUACCUUCUGCGUGUGGUGGGACUCAUGAGCUGGUGGGACGCGGUGGAGUCAACGUUGGCGCAGAAUGGAAAGGCGUCGUCAGACGGUCUGCGUGUGUAG